CAGCUGUAUUGACAUCUGUGUGACGAGGAGUCGCGAGAAGGCUGAGGAGACUCGAAGGAUCCACCUUUCCAUUCUGAGCUUAGUGUGUUGGGGGCCAAAACAGAGUCCUGCCAGAGGCUCGACAGUACUGCAAUGGUUAUUUGAUUCCUUCUGUCUCUAGACCUAGUAUAUUGCGGCGAUUUCACGGGAGUUUGCAUACAUUGUGUGGAAGCUCAUAUCAGCAAGGUAGCGUGAAGAGUGUCUCACGUCUCCACGUUUACAUAGAGUAGGCAAAACUCUUAGUCCGUUUACUCUAUACGAGUCCUAAGACCAGAAAAGGCUCAAUGGAGAUUAUAGGAUGAUAUCCUCAGUCUGUAACUUUUUUACUAUAAGCAAAUCAGACGGGCUUUUUGCACAACAUGGAUACUUCACGCGCCAACAGAACCGUCGUGGUAGUUGGUGGUGGAGGCACGAUUGGAUCGAGCACGGCGCUGCAUCUCGUCCGUUCUGGCUACACACCAUCGAACAUCACAGUCAUCGACACAUACCCCAUUCCGUCAUCACAGUCUGCCGGUAAUGACUUGAACAAGAUCAUGGGCGUUCGCUUGCGGAACCCUGUGGAUCUGCAGCUAAGUCUUGAAGCGAGACAGAUGUGGAACGAGGACGAUCUGUUCAAGAGCUUCUUCCACAACACUGGCAGACUCGACUGUGCGCAUGGCGAGAAAGGCAUUGCGGGGCUCCGGCAAGCGUACCAGGCCCUGCUGGACGCAAAUGCUGGUCUCGAAGAAACAAACCACUGGCUCGACUCGGAAGACGCGAUUCUUUCAAAGGUUCCCCUCCUAGACCGUUCCCAGAUCCAGGGCUGGAGAGCCGUAUUCAGCGAAGACGGUGGGUGGCUCGCAGCAGCCAAAGCCAUUACCGCCAUCGGCGAGCUUUUGCUACAUGCCGGCGUGAGAUUCGGUUUCGGUGGCGCGGGCUCCUUUAAGCAGCCGCUCCUCGUAGAGGGGACAUGUAUCGGCGUUGAAACCACCGACGGUACGAAAUACUACGCCGACAAAGUGAUACUCGCAGCCGGGGCGUGGAGUCCCGCUCUCGUUGAUCUGCAAGAUCAGUGCGUCUCUAAAGCGUGGGUGUACGCGCACAUGCAGCUCACGGCGCACGAGGCUGCCGAGUACAAAGGCUGCCCGGUUGUGUACCACAGCGACUAUGGGUUCUUCUUUGAGCCGGACGAGUAUGGUGUCAUCAAGGUGUGCGACGAGUUUCCGGGCUUCACGCGUCUCAAAGAGCAUCGGCCUUUUGGUGCUGACGAGGCGAGACGAAUCUCAGUGCCGAGAUCGAAGGCGAAGCACCCUACAGAUACGUACCCUGAUGCAUCGGAAGUCAGUAUUCGGACGGCUGUUGCCACGUUCUUGCCCAAGUUUGAGGGGAAGGAACUGUUUAACAAAAGUAUGUGCUGGUGUAGCGAUACUGCGGACGCUGCAUUGUUGAUCUGCGAACAUCCCGAGUGGAAGAACUUCAUUCUUGCUACUGGCGACAGCGGCCACUCCUUCAAGCUCUUACCGAACAUCGGUAAGCACGUGGUUGAACUGCUUGAAGGCACGCUGGCCAAAGAUUUAGCUCAGGCAUGGCGGUGGCGGCCUGGAACUGGCGAUGCAUUGAAGUCUAGGAGAGCAGCACCCGCAAAGGAUCUGGCAGAUAUGUCUGGGUGGAAACAUGAUGACGUGCAGAAACACAGCUGUAGUCAAACAUCUGUAUAGAAUUGCGGUCGGGGUAUCGACCUACGCUCAAGAACAGUAUCGCGAAUCAUGAUUGUAGCGUACACAUUAUCAUUAGUCGUCCCGCGAUGGAACACCCUUCACAUCGUCGUCUCCUUUUCCAUCUCGAGUGACAGCGGCUCUGUCCACCCACCCUUCGCCCCUCAGUACACCCAAGCCCUUCCGUGCUACACCACUGCUCACAGACCGCGGUGAGAUCUCGUACAGCACGUUGACUGUAGCCAAGCUUAGCACGAACAGCAGCACGUCCCCGUUAGCAAUUCCACGCCACCAACCUCUCUUGGCGCCAACCUUCCACGCCGAAUCAAUGGACAUACGCGUGCAGUACAGGAAGUUUCCUCGACCGCCCUUGCGCUCUAGGAACGCCCAGAGGCCACCGA